AUGGUUUCCGCAUCCAAAGCCGCCCGUGAGGCCAAGAGAGCUGCCGAAGGAAAAGCACCAAAAAAAACACUUGCUUCAAAAUCGAAAUCCAAAAUUUCACCAACCUUGGACGCCGAUGGAAACCCUCUUCCUGAUGACGAACAAUCUGCAGCCACCUCUAAGAAAAUGGAUGAAGUCAAACGACUGGCUGAUCAAAUGGAUAAACAUGGGCUCUCUGAUCGGGUUACUACGGGCGUCCUAAGCUCUCUUAAGCAAAGUAGAGAUGUCAAGAUAACAUCUGUCUCUUUAGUAUUCCAUGGUCGUGUUCUUAUUACAGAUACUAUCAUGGAGCUUACAUACGGUCGAAGGUAUGGUCUUCUCGGAGAGAACGGUUGUGGCAAGUCUACGCUACUGAAAGCUAUUGACAAACGAGAGUUUCCUAUACCUGAACACGUUGACAUUUAUCUUCUGAAUGAAGGAGCUCCUCCGGGUGAACUAGGUGCAUUAGAAUGGGUCGUAAAAGAGGCUGAAAAUGAACUGGAAAGACUUGAUAAACAGGCCGAACAAAUUCUCGAAGACGAGGGCCCAGAAAGUCCACUUCUCAUGGAUAUAUACGAGCGUAUGGAAACAAUGGAUCCAUCAACUUUCUCCACUCGAGCAUCUCUUAUUCUCACUGGUCUUGGUUUUAACAAAAAGACGAUUACUAAAAAGACCAAAGACAUGUCAGGUGGAUGGCGUAUGCGCGUAGCUUUAGCUAAAGCUCUAUUUGUCAAGCCAUCUCUUCUUCUCCUUGAUGAUCCAACUGCACACUUAGAUUUGGAAGCGUGUGUCUGGCUAGAAGAAUAUCUUAAGAAGUGGGAUCGGACUCUUGUUCUAGUGUCCCACUCAAUGGACUUUCUCAAUGGAGUGUGCUCCAAUAUGAUCGACAUGCGUCACAAGCAGCUCAUCUACUAUGGUGGAAAUUAUGACUCUUACCAUAAAACUCGCGCUGAACAAGAAGUCAACCAGAUGAAAGCAUAUCAAAAGCAACAAGAUGAAAUUGUUCACAUCAAGAAAUUUAUCGCUUCUGCCGGAACUUACGCUAACUUGGUCAGGCAAGCCAAAUCACGACAAAAAAUAUUGGACAAAAUGGAAGCAGAUGGGUUCAUCCAGAAGGUUGAAGAGGAUCGUGUCUUUACAUUCAGGUUUGCUGAUGUCGAGAAACUUCCCCCACCGGUCUUGUCAUUUGAUGAUGUAACGUUUUCAUACUCAGGUGAUUCUAAGGAUGAUCUAUACCGACACCUAGACCUGGGUGUGGAUAUGGAUUCUAGGACAGCUCUAGUUGGCCCGAAUGGUGUCGGAAAGUCUACGUUGCUUCGUCUUAUGACAGGAAAGCUAUCACCAACUGGCGGCACUGUAUCCCGUCAUACACAUCUUAAAAUGGGUGUCUACUCUCAGCAUUCGUCCGAACAGCUUGACCUUACCAAAUCUGCCCUUGACUUUGUCCGAGAUAAGUACUCCGAAAAGAGUCAGGAUUACCAAUAUUGGCGGCAACAACUCGGAAAGUACGGACUUAGUGGAGAUUCACAGACUGCUCUCAUGGGAACUUUAUCUGAAGGUCAGAAGUCUAGAAUUGUGUUUGCGCUUUUGGCCAUAGAUGGACCCAAUAUGCUUUUACUGGACGAGCCUACUAACGGCCUUGAUAUUCCUACAAUCGAUUCGUUAGCGGAUGCAAUAAAUGCGUUCACAGGUGGAGUUGUCGUCGUCUCUCACGAUUUCAGACUGUUAGAUAAGAUUGCGAAAGAUAUAAUGGUAUGCGAAAAUCAAACCAUCCGCAGAUGGCCUGGAACAAUUGGGGAUUACAAGAACCACUUACGGAAGAAGAUGAUGGCGGCCGGUGCAGUAUAG